AUGGGUCGUAAGAAGAAAGUCGAGCAGGAGGUUUACCACGUCGAGGUAAUCACCAAAGCUCGUGUCAGCGACGAAGGGGACUGGGAAUAUUAUGUCAAAUGGGCAGGUUAUGACUCCGAUGCAGACACCUGGGAGCCACAAGACAACGUGAAGCAGUGUGACCGUCUCUUGAACAGCUUUUGGGGACAUGUCGGUACCGACGACGACGAUUAUUCUGUCGGAUUCGAAAUUACGGCGAAAGACUAUUGGAUAAGUGAGAGUCAGCUGACUUUUCGCUUGGUGGCUCAACUGAUUUUUACGAAGAGCAAGAGAAGGAGUUCUUUGCGACGCAGUUCUCAGAAGACGGAAAGCGCAAAAGCGAAAAGAAUACGAAGAAGCCACCUAUCAAGCCGGUGA